UCUUGUUGAUGAACCAAGCACUCUCAAAUCAAGUACAAACUAAUCUCAGUUCAGAACUUUUCUGGCUUGAUGAUGAAGCAAUCAAGCAAGCAUUUGGAACUUUCUAGCUCUCUUUUCUUUGUUUACCUUGCCUUUAUUCUCCUAGCAUUCUUUAACCUGCAAGGUCCUAAGUUGCUUGGUUCAGCAAUCCCUGUGGUUAACGGAAAUGAGACAGAUCGACGAGCUUUAUUCGAGUUCAAGGCCAAGAUAAUUGAUGAUCAUUUCGGGGUUAUGCGCUCGUGGAACAAUAGUAACCACUUCUGCCAGUGGUAUGGUGUUGCAUGCGGUCGCAGACAUCAGAGAGUCACCAUGUUGGACUUGGGAUCCCUAAAGCUCGUGGGUUCUAUAUCACCAUUUAUUGGAAAUUUGAGCUUUCUUAGGCUGUUAAACCUUGAAAAUAACAGUUUCAACCAAGCAAUUCCUCAAGAAAUUGGCCGUUUGCAAAGAUUGCGUGAAUUAAUACUGCAAAACAACACCCUAAGUGGUGAAAUUCCUUCCAAUUUGUCUAGAUGUUCUCGGCUUGCAUCAGUUAAUUUUCGAGGCAACCUGCUAACUGGAGAAAUACCAGGUGCGCUUAGUAAGUUGUCAAAACUAACAUGGUUUAGUUUUAAAAGAAAUAAUUUAAGAGGGAGUAUCCCGACUUCCAUGGGGAACUUAUCCUCUCUGGUGUACAUGAAUCUGGGUGGAAAUAUAUUGAGCGGUGUUAUACCUGAAGCUCUUGGCAAACUGACAAAACUUGAAGUUUUCUUUGCGGCGGAUAAUAGAAUUUCUGGGGUUAUCCCUGCCUCAAUUUUCAAUCUCUCUAGUAUUAGAGUUCUUCAUAUGAACUUAAACCGGAUACAAGGUAGUCUUCCAUCGGACUUGGGAAUCAGUAUGCCACAUAUUGAAAUCCUUUCUGUCGCAUUUAAUCAACUGGUUGGACCAUUCCCUGUUUCAAUAUCCAAUGCCUCAAACCUCGUACAGCUUUUUGUUGCGGAAAACAAACUUAGUGGAAACUUGCCUUCAUUUGAAAAGCUCGAUAAACUAUCACGAAUUGUAAUCAGUAACAACCUUCUUGGAAGUACGAUAGCAACUGAUCUGAACUUUCUCUGCACUUUAACCAAUGCUUCCAGACUAGAGCUGCUAUGGAUAAACGAAAACAACUUUGGAGGGGAAUUACCAGAGUGCGUAAGCAAUUUAUCUCACAAUCUGCUAUCUUUAAACGUGCAACUGAAUAAACUAUUGGGAAGAAUUCCAGCUGGGAUUGGAAAUCUCAUCAACUUGGAGCUACUAGCGGCAUCAGAAAAUCAAUUAUCAGGUUCUAUUCCCCCUGGCAUCGGGAGGCUUCAAAAGCUAGGGGUAUUUUAUGCAUCUCGAAAUUCACUCUCGGGGGUUCUUCCCCCUUCUUUUGGAAACUUGACAAUGUUAACAAAACUUGCUCUGAGUGGUAACAAUCUUCAGGGCAACAUUCCUUCAAGUCUAGGUAAGUGUGAGAAUUUGAUUGAAUUAUACCUUUAUAAUAACAACCUUAGUGGUUCCAUACCCCCUGAAGUAAUUGGUCUCUCAUCCUUGUCCCUUACCCUAGAUUUGUCUUCAAACUAUUUAACUGGUGUGCUUCCUGUUGAAGUAGAAAAUCUGAAAAAUCUAGGUGAAUUGCGUGUUUCUCAAAAUAGCUUAUCAGGUGUGCUUCCAACAAAUCUUGGUAGCUGUGUAAAACUGGAGAGACUGUUCUUGGAUGGCAAUAUGUUCCAAGGGCCCAUUCCUUCAUCUUUGAGUUCAUUGAAAGGUCUUAUAGAAUUAGAUAUAUCUAGCAAUAAUCUGUCGGGUGAAAUUCCAAAAUUUCUUGUGAGCUUUGGGUCAUUACUAUAUUUAAAUAUUUCUUUCAAUAAUUUUGAGGGUAUGAUACCAAUUAAAGGAGUCUUUAAGAAUGCAAGUGCUAUAUUCGUUGAGGGAAACAGUAAGCUUUGUGGAGGCACCCCUGAGUUACGGUUGCCCAGAUGUAACUCCAAAACAUCCAUCAAGAGAUCAACCGAUACUCUAAAAUUGAAAUUUGCGAUUCUUUUUUCAAUUUUUGGAGUGAUUUUGGUAGUCUCUUGUCCCUUUAUUUUGUGGUUUAGAAGGAAAAGAGAGCAGCCAAAGGCAACUUGUGCAGAAAAUCCACUUUCAAUGUUAUCAAUGUCAUACCAAAGCAUUUUAAAGGCAACUGGUGGAUUAUCGCCGGCAACUUUGGUUGGUUUUGGUAGCUUUGGUUCGGUAUACAAAGGAAUUUUGGAAGAGAGUGGAGUAGUUAUUGCCGUUAAGGUGCUUAAUCUUCUAAGUCAUGGAGCUUCCAGGAGUUUCAUGGCUGAAUGUGAGGCUUUGAAGAACAUCAGGCAUCGCAAUCUUGUCAAAGUAUUAACAGCAAUUUCAGGGGCCGAUUAUCAAGGGAAUGAUUUUAAAGCAUUGGUUUAUGAGUUCAUGCAAAAUGGGAGCUUGGAAGAUUGGCUCCAUCCUUCUGUUGGGAUGAAUGAGGUACAGGAGGCACCAAAAAGCUUAAAAUUUUUUCAGAGAUUGAAUGUGGCAGUUGAUGUUGGUUGUGCAUUGGAGUAUCUUCAUCAUCAUUGCGAAACACCUAUCGUUCACUGUGACCUCAAACCAAGCAAUGUUCUACUUGAUGAUGAAAUGGUUGGCCAUGUUGGUGAUUUUGGACUAGCAAAAUUCAUUGCAUCAGACACGCAAAAUAACACUUCAAGCCUGUCAAGCUCCCUUGGGUUAAGAGGAACAGUUGGUUACGCUCCUCCAGAAUAUGGCUUGGGAAGUGAUGUGACAACAUAUGGUGAUGUGUACAGCUAUGGCAUUCUUUUGCUGGAGAUGUUUACAGGGAAAAGACCCACCGGUGAAAUGUUUACAGAGAAUCUGAACCUCCAUAACUUUGUUAAAACAGCUUUGCCAGAUCGAGUAGCUGAGAUUACAGAUCCCAUUCUUCUUCAAGAAAGUUUCAAUGAGAGCAGCCAAAACGAUAACAGACUUCUUUGGAGCAUGAAUUCUAUAUUCGAAAUUGGAGUUGCCUGUUCUUUUGAAUUGCCAACUGAACAAAUGAACAUGGCUAAUGUUGUUGCUAAGCUUUGUUUUAUAAGAGACAAUCUGCUUCCAACUCGAUCAUUAAGAAGAAGAGCUGCAGAAUAUGGCUUGGGAAGUAAUGUGACAACAUAUGGUGAUGUGGACAGCUAUGGCAUUCUUUUGCUAGAGAUGUUUACAGGGAAAAGACCCACUGAUGAAAUGUUUAAAGAGAAUCAGAACCUUCAUAACUUUGUUAAAACAGCUUUGCCAGAUCGAGUAGCUGAGAUUACAGAUCCCAUUCUUCUUCAAGAAAGUUUCAACGAGAGCAGCCAAAACAAAAACAGACUUCUUUGGAGCUUGAAUUCUACAUUUGAAAUUGGAGUUGCCUGUUCUUUUGAAUUGUCAAUUGAACGAAUGAACAUGGCUAAUGUUGUUGCUAAGCUUUGUUUUAUAAGAGACAAUCUGCUUCCAACUCGAUCAUUAAGAACAAGAAGUACUGAUAUUAUUUUAUCUGAAAGAUUGAAUGUGGCAGUUGAUGUGGGUUGUGCAUUGGAGUCUCUUCGUCAUCAUUGCGAAACACCAAUCGUUCAAAGUGACCUCAAACGGAGCAAUGUUCUACUUGAUGAUGUAAUGGUUGUCCAUGUUGGUGAUUUUGGACUAGCAAAAUUCAAUGCAUCAGACACGCAAAAUAACCCUUCAAGCCUGUCAAGCUCCCUUGGGUUAAGAGGAACAAUUGGUUAUGCUCCUCAGAAUAUGGCUUGGGAAGUAAUGUGA